UGACAUUGAGUACAAAUUUUAGGUUAUCAAAUCAGUGCUGUGGAUUUAAUCUGCAUAAUCUUGUUAAUUAAGACUAAAAGUAUGUGUAAAUAAGUAUCUCAAACAUAGAACGUUAAGUAUAAUUUUAUAAAAAUGUGGCAAUUAAUGCAAAUGCAGUCAUGUCAAUUAGUGAGACAGAGGUUACUGACCAGCAAUAGUAAUGUUUAUUUUGCAAAUAUAAUAAAGAAUAAGCCGUCCAACGUUGUAAAAAGGUAUAUUAGUGAGGUUAAAACUUCUUCGGAUAAAAGUACGAAGUCCGGUUUAUUAUUGCUUUGUAGUCCUUGGAAGUUGUGUGUUGGGGUCAGUUUAGGGCUCGGGGCACGGUUACUGUGGAAUAAUGGACCUGCAUACUGUAAAGCGGCGCAACAUACAAGAAUCAUACAGAGAAGGCCAAACGUACAGGAAGACAGUGCUAAAUUCGAUUGGUCUAAGUUCCUUGAUUAUUUGAAACCACAUAAGUUGCUAUUAGCUGCUGCUGUUGCUUCAGCAUUAAUAGUGGCAUUCCUAAAUGUUUACAUUCCUGCAAUGUUGGGUGAGGUGGUCAAUGUACUGGCCAGCCUCCGACAGAAUCCAAGCAUGGAUUUCAUUGAGCAAAUCAGAUUGCCGGCUUUGAAACUCAUAUCAUUGUAUAUUGGACAGGCAGUAUUCACCUUCUUCUACAUCCACCUGCUAUCUCAAGUGGGAGAGCGAGUAGCGGCGGACAUGAAACAGGACCUGUUCCAGUCUAUCCUGGACCAGGAUAUGUCUUUCUUCGAUCAGGAGAGGACCGGGGAACUUGUCAAUAGGUUAACAGUAGAUGUACAAGAUUUUAAAAGUUCAUUCAAGCAGACAAUAUCUGGUGGCCUUAGAGCCAUCACACAGGUGGUAGGAUCAUCGGUCAGUCUUCUAGUCAUAUCUCCUCACCUGACCGGUCUGACGCUGCUCUGUGUACCCUCAGUGGUAGUAGGCGGCACGUUCAUCGGAUCACUGCUUCGCAAGCUGUCUAGAGAAGCACAGACCCAGAUUGAGAAAUCCACAUUAGUAGCAGAAGAAGCUAUAUCAAACAUGCGAACAGUCAGAGCGUUUGCAGGCGAAGAGAACGAGGCCAAGAUAUUUGCGCAGGAGUGUAACGCGGCCGCCGAACUUAGUAUGGAACUUGGUCUCGGCAUAGGACUGUUCCAGGCUGGGACUAACCUGUUUUUGAAUGGUAUGGUUCUCGGUACAAUGUUCCUCGGGGGUCAUCUAAUGUCAUCGGGUCAGAUGUCAGCUGGUGACGUCAUGGCGUUCCUAGUGAACGCUCAGACAGUCCAGCGUUCAGUCGCACAACUAUCAUUGUUGUUCGGAUCUGUGGUCAAAGGCAUCAGUGCUGGAGGACGGGUGUUUGAGUACAUCAACAAAAAGCCUUUGAUGGAUCAUUCCGGUACGAAAACAAUCAAAUUCCACGAGUUUCAUGGAGAUAUAGAGUUCAAGAAUGUUACCUUCGCGUACCCGACAAGGCCUGAUGCGGUAGUGUUAGACAACUUCAACUUGAAGAUUCCGGCCGGUAAAACUGUCGCCAUAGUCGGCACGUCUGGUAAUGGCAAGUCGACCAUCGCUGCUCUUUUGGAAAGAUUCUACGACGUAAACUCCGGCGAGAUUACAAUAGACGGUAUAGAUGUUCGAGAUAUGGACGGCAAGUGGUUACGCGGCCGAGCGCUCGGUAUUAUCAGCCAGGAGCCGGUGUUGUUCGCGACCAGUGUCAAGGAGAACAUACGGUACGGCAAGCCUGAGGCCAGCGAUGCUGAGGUGUACUACGCUGCUAAAACAGCGAACGCUCACGACUUCAUCGUGAACUUCCCUGAAGCGUACGAGACGCUCGUCGGCGAGAGAGGGAUGGCGCUCAGCGGGGGACAGAAACAGAGAAUAGCUAUCGCCCGAGCGAUUCUCAAGAACCCACCUGUCAUUAUACUUGAUGAAGCUACCAGUGCAUUAGACUCGGCAAGUGAGAAAGUAGUUCAGACGGCGUUGGAGACAGCGGCUAAGGGUCGCACCGUUUUGGUGAUCGCGCAUCGACUCUCCACUGUCAUGAAUGCUGAUCUAAUCGUCGUGUUGAACAGAGGGAAGAUUGUUGAGAUGGGAACUCACGAUCAACUGAAGAAACUGAAAGGCUUCUACUGGAACCUCAUCAAACAACAAGACCAAGCCACAGAGACCUCUAAAUCAUUAUGAAAUGAUAGCUAAGUAUUGUAGUCCAAAUUUAAUAGGCUUAGAAAGCACUUGCGGAAACACACGAUAUAGUGUGAAGGUAAAAAUAGACCAAAAA